AGUGGGCAUAUCUCACUAGAUCUGAGCUGUACAUUGGCACAAUUGGUGGUAAAGUCAAGAUGUUCUGUUCGUUAGUUUUCCUUGCGGUUUUCAAUUUGGUGUGCUCGGAAAACGCUACCAGUCAUGCAGGAAAACAAUAUUACUUCAAAAUGGGAAGAAAUAAUGAAUACAGGGUGCACAACAGGAUAUUUUAUCUCAAUCACAAUAUAACAGAUUCCGUUAAUCCUCAUGCUAAGAUUGGCAACAGUUUGGGUAACAACAACCUGAAUGUUUUGAAGAAUGAACAACAGAACCCAAUACUGAAUGAUCCAGGCCAACAUUAUCUGGACGAAGAGUGGAACUACAACCAUAACCAUCUACCGAGAACAAACCUGCCCUUAUUCAUUCGAAAAUUCUACGAAAAAUCCCUGGACUCUGCGGGUCCCAAAUCAACGAAGAGAAUAUUAUUCAACGACAAUAAAAACAAGUCGAACAUCAUGUAUUUCAAUUUGAAUAGUCUCCAGUCAGAGGCCAUCUCGGAUGCUGACUUGUAUUUUUACUGGCCGCUCGAGAACUCUUCCAGCAUCUACAAGGAAUCAGUAGUACUCAGACUGUACCAGUUCGAAAAACAGUACGAUCUUUGGAACCAAAGUGGGCCGACAGAAAAUCCUGAUAUACACAAGUUGUUCAAUGUUAUCUAUGUAUCUAAAGCACAAAAAGGGUGGCAGACUUUCAAAGUGAAGAAACCCAUAGACAACUGGUUGGGUGGCGAAGAAAAUCUAGGGUUACUCCUCACCAUAUCGUAUUAUGAAAAUAACACUCUGAUUGAAGUCUUCAAUGACACCAACUCCGGAAAUAUAAGUACAUUCAUUAUAGCAAAUGUACAAACUAACAGCACAAAAAGUUCUGAUAUUGUAACCCACCCCGACCACACUGAACACAGUGGCGUGCGGCAAUGUCGUAAGCAAGAAUGGACCAUCGAUUUCCUCAGUAUGGGUUGGAAUAAAUUUAUUAUUGCCCCGGAAUAUUUCAACGCCUUCGACUGUACAGGGCGAUGCGUGAAAAAUGUAGAUGAAAACAGUAACCAUGCCAAAUUAGUGCAUACUUUGCAGAAAAGGACCACUUGUUGCAUACCAGUGGAGUACAAAGAUUUAGUAAUAAUGUAUUACGAUAAAUAUGGUAAUGUUGCUAUUAAGAGUUAUAAUGACAUUGUAGCAACUGAGUGUGGAUGCAGAUAAUUUGAAGAAAUUGAAAAUAUAAAUUUAGAUACUUAGAGGAUUGUGUUAAUUCACGAAUCAACUAUUUUAGGCAGAAUUAUAAAGGUAUCAAAUGAAUGAAAAACCAGAGGUAGAAAAAGGAACAAGAAUUG